CAUAAGUCAAAUGUGAUGGCCAAAUUUGACUCCUUGUGGAAUAAAGCGACCACAUCACCAUCUCAUGCUCUCUACCUUCUCCACCGCACCGGCGAUUUCCUGCCUUUCUCCGCCUUUCUCCUCCUCGUCCCUUUCUCCCCGUCGGCUCCGCGACUGAAACCAAUGGACGAGGCCCCAGCUGAGGCGGCGAAGGAGGUGUACUCCGUGUGGGCCCUUCCGCCGGGAGACGUGUGUGACCGGAUCAAGCUCAUCAUGGCCGCCCUCCGCUCCGAGUUCGGAGGCCCCGCGUUCGAGCCCCACAUCACUGUGGUCGGCGCCAUCUCCCUCGCGCCCGACGACGCCCUCCGCCGAUUCCGAUCCGCCUGCGCCGCACUCUCCCGCUACCCUGCCCGUGUCUCCGCCGCCGCCCCGGGCAACUUCUUCUUCUUCAUCGAUCCGUCCCCCGAGGUGAUCGAGACCAAAUCCCACGCCUGCGCCCACUUCGGAUACGACAAUUCGACGCCGUAUACUCCGCAUUUGAGUCUCUUGUACGCGGAUUUGCCGGACGAGGUGAAGGAGAAGGCUCGGCAGCGGGUGGAAGAGCUGGACAAGGAGAUCGCCGGUGUCACCUUCGAGGUCGCGGCGCUCGCGCUCUGGAAGACGGACACGGAAGACAAGAGCUUGGAAUCGUGGGAGCCAGUGGAGGUCUACCAGCUGCCUCCAAAUCCCAAGUAAACAAACUCUCUUAACAUGCUUACAAUCUACUCGACCAAUGGUCACAGUGAACUGCAAUAAAGCUUACGAAUAGUUCUUGCUAUGCUUCUAUCCAAUUUAGUUCCUUUUUUGUUGCUGAAUCUGCUAUCAACUAUUCAACAAUGACAAUCUUUCUUUUGAAAUUGCAAA